AUGGGUGAAUCAAGCAGCGAUUCCGUUUCUGUUGAUGUGGAGACCAUCUAUCUCGGCGGAAAGGAACAUUUUGUACGAACUGGCUGUGGUUCUGUGUGUGUUAUAGUUUAUGGAGAUCAAGACAAGCCAGCUCUGGUCACUUAUCCUGAUUUAGCUUUAAAUCAUAUGUCUUGUUUCCAAGGAUUGUUCUUUUGUCCAGAAGCUGCUUCUUUGCUGCUUCACAAUUUCUGCAUUUACCACAUUAAUCCUCCUGGGCAUGAGUUGCGAGCGGCUGCAAUUUGUCAAGAUAAUCCUGUGCCUUCUGUUGAUGACUUAGCCAAUCAAAUUCUUGAUGUUCUUAACUAUUUUAGGCUUGAUGCAGUGAUGUGCAUGGGUGUAACGGCUGGUGCUUACAUCCUCUCCCUGUUUGCUAUAAAAUAUAGGGAGCGGGUUCUUGGUUUGAUCCUUGUUUCUCCUCUGUGCAAAGCUCCAUCUUGGACUGAAUGGCUCUGCAAUAAGGUGAUGUCAAAUUUGCUCUAUUUCUAUGGUAUGUGUGGUCUGGUGAAGGAAUGUUUACUUUACCGGUACUUCAGCAAGGAAGUUCGUGGCUGUGCUGAGGUUCCAGAAUCAGACAUCGUUCAAGCAUGCAGAAGACUGCUGGAUGAGAGGCAAAGUAUAAAUGUCUUGCGGUUUCUUCAAGCAAUAGAUAGGAGACCUGACAUUACUGAAGGACUGAAGACUCUAAAAUGUCGAACUUUGAUAUUUGUCGGGGAGAACUCUCCUUACCAUUCCGAGGCUCUCCACAUGACUGCUAAACUGGACAGAAGAUACAGUGCCUUAGUUGAGGUACAGGCAUGCGGAUCGAUGGUGACAGAAGAACAGCCACAUGCAAUGUUAAUACCCGUGGAGUACUUUCUGAUUGGGUAUGGGCUCUACAGACCAAGCCAAUUUAUUGGGAGCCCGAGGAGUCCGCUUAGCCCUUCUUGCAUUGCUCCAGAACUUCUCUCUCCCGAAAGUAUGGGAUUGAAACUAAAACCAAUAAAGACUCGGCUCUCGACAAAAAAGAUGACAGUGGGUUAG